GUGAAAAUCACGGGCAGUUUUCUCAGUAAAGGCUGUGACUGAGAGUUCUCUCCAUCUCUUUUUAUUGCUCAUCGGACGGUUGUGGAUGAAAGGAGCUUCCGAUGCCGGUUUUUCCACGUUUUAGCUCAGGAAAUCGUCAGUUCUGCUGAUUUCGUGCUCAGAUCUUCAUUCAGGUUCUCAGAAGAGAUCUGGGCCGUACAGAUGGAUACGCACAACGGUCCAGUUCAGGUCUUGGGUGGUGGGACUCAGGGCUUCCUAACGUACGCCGCGGAUAUCGUCGCGAGUCUGCUAACGUGCGCGCUGGUCAAACCCCAGCUUCUACCUAAAGACCCAUUUGGGCGAUCGAUUACUGAAAAACUCUCAAGCAAAAGUAAUCACCAAGACCAAAACCAAUCUGAACCCACGGACGCUGAUGGAGAAGAUGGUGAUGAUGGCGAUGACGACGAUGAUGGAAAUGGUGGUUUUGGAGAAGAAGGUGAAGAGGAACUCUCCUCAGAGGAUGGAGGGGGUCCUGACAAGAAGCCCAACAGCAACAACAGCAAGAAACCACCAGGCGGAGGUGCUGGAGAAGGUGAAGAAAAUGGCGAGGAAGAGGAAGAAGGCGAUGACGACGACGAUGAUGAUGAUGAUGACGAUGAUGACGAUGAUGGCGAGGAGGAUGAGGAAGAAGAAGUGGUAGAAGAAGAAGAUGAGGAGGAGGAGAAUGAAGAGGAAGAGGAGGAUGAGGAGGAAGAGGCCCUCCAACCCCCCAAGAAGAGGAAGAAGUGAGAAUUUUUCGGGCCACCUUUGUUCUCCUCUCUCGACCGUCGAUCUAGACUUCUAGUCAUCAUAGCAAUCGAAACAAUGGCGACACCUGUUUAAGGUGUGGUCUAUUUAGGUAAAUGAUAUUAUGUAUGGGUUGGAACUUGAGAUAGGGCAAUGAGCUGAAUGAGAGAGCAAAUGAACAUUCACUUAGUUAUUUUGAUUCUAAUCUUUCCAUGAUGCUGCUACCAA